AUGGUUCUCCAAAUCCUCGAGGCGGUUGCCACGUCCAAGUAUUUUCCGACCACUUACCUGGUCCACAUUGUCGUUGGGUUUAUUAUUCUUUUGGCUGUUCGAACGCUAUCUCAGGGGCGUAAAACGACAUGGGAAAGGAAUCUACAUGCUAGAACGGUCCUUGUUACGAACGAACAAAUCUAUGCCGAACAUUGUGACCUCGACUCUCCACAUUCAAUACGCGAAUUCUGCACCAAAUUCCUAACGGGAAAGGACCAGAGGCUCGACGCCAUUAUCUUUGCCCACGAAUACCAGCAUAUCGGUGCUAUGGGAUGGCUGUCGAAGAGAUUCGGAAGGGCCCAUAGAGAACGGGAUGAUGGGGAGUAUGGAGGAGAGGUUGCGGGCAGGUUGGUGUGGGAGGCGUAUGAAGAUGCGUUGAAGGUUUGGGAGAAGAGUUGUCCUGCGCCUCCGCCCGAUCAGAGGAAGAAGACGGAGGAGAAGGAGAAGGCGAGGGAUGCUUCGACUGCGUCACCGUACGACUAA